GAGCUGGUCGGAACCGGGGCCGAGGCCGGUGCGUUUGUUUUUGUCAAGCGCGGAGAGGGGAGGAUGUCCGUCUGCGGGGUCCUGCGUGUUCUCGAGACCCCGGGGAGGACGUGAGCCGCGAGGCUGAGACCCCUGGGUGGGCAGCGGCGCUCGGGCCCUCGGGGAGCACACCCAGUAGGGGGAGAGGAAGGUGUUCUUUCCCGUGCCUCGGUUUCGUCCUUCGUCCAGUGUGAGAGGGUUGGAGGGCUCUCUUCUGGGAAAAAUCUGGUGACAUUCUGAUUGAUGAUUUUUGAUAUGUGAUUGCUAUCUUUCUGGAAGUUUAAAGGAUUGUUUUUACAUUUGAUGAGGACAUAUAUAUCUAGGUUUUUCAUGAUGCUGAAUUCUUUGCUCUUAUGUAUAUUUCUGUUAAUGGUACCUGGUUAUGCUCAAGAUGAUGAAUGGAUUGAUCCCACAGAUAUGCUUAAUUAUGAUGCUGCUUCUGGAACAAUGAGAAAAGCUCCUCAGGUGAACUAUGGAAAGUCAGAGAAAAAGGAAAUAAGUCUUACAGAUUCCAACUUGUCAUGUGCUGAUGAAAUGUCAGAAUGUUAUAACAGACUUGAUUCUUUAACUUACAAGAUUAACGAGUGUGAAAAGAAAAAGAAAACAGACUGCGAAAGCCAGAGUAAUCAUGUUUUCAGGAGAUACUUAAAUAAGAUUUUAAUUGAAGCUGGAAAACUUGGACUUCCCAGUGAGGACAGAGGAGAUAUGCAUUAUGACGCUGAGGUUAUCCUUAAAAAAGAGACAUUAUUAGAAAUCCAAAAGUUUCUGAGUGGAGAAGACUGGAAAUCAGGAGCCUUAGAUGAUGCACUAAGUGAAAUCCUAAUUAAUUUUAAAUUUCAUAAUUUCGAGACCUGGAAGUGGAGUUUUGAGACAACCUUUGGUGUGGAUCCAUAUAAUGUAUUCAUGGUACUUCUGUGUUUGUUGUGCAUUGUUAUGUUAAUAGCUACUGAAUUAUGGACAUAUAUUCGUUGGUAUACUCAGUUAAAACGUGUUUUGUUCAUCAGUUUCCUUUUCAGUUUUGGAUGGAAUUGGAUCUAUUUAUAUAAGUUAGCCUUUGCAAAACAUCAGGCUGAAGUUGCCAAAUUGGAACCAUUAAACAAUGUUUGUGCUGAGAAGAUGGACUGGGUUGGAGGCCUAUUUGAAUGGUUUAGAAGUUCGUGGACGUUUCGAGAUGAUCCUUGCCAAAAGUACUAUGAGCUACUAUUAGUUAACCCUAUUUGGUUGGUUCCACCAACAAAGGCAUUGGCAGUUACUUUUACCAACUUUGUAACAGAACCAUUGAAGCAUAUUGGACAAGGAACUGGUGAAUUUUUGAGAGCGCUUAUGAAGGAGAUACCAGUGAUACUUCACAUUCCAGUGUUGGCCAUCAUGGCUCUGGCUGUGCUGGGUUUCUGUUAUGGUGCAGGAAGAUCAGUUGGUGGAUUGAGGUAUUUAAGAGACUCAGAAAGAGAACCUCGCCAGGCACUACAUCAAGGCAAAGGAAGACCACAGGAGGAAAUUGAUUAUAGGCGACAUGGUGGAGCGGGUGAUGCAGAUCUCUGUUGUCGGAGCCAUGUUUGUCAGAAAGAUCAAGGCCCUUAUUGCAAAGCAGAUGAGCGUAGAGGAAAUUUUUUGAGAGAAAGAUAUGUUGAUUUAACUGGCAACAGGAGCCCUGAAGUACUGCAGGCAUUUGAUAUACCCGUUGUAAAGGCAGAAGAGCAUCCCAAGAUGGUACCCUGUCAGAAGUCACUCAUUUCGGAUAAAAAUCCAGAAGACAUUUGUGAAAUUCCAGAAAACAGCAAGGUGAAAGAAGUUAACAGUCAAACAAGCCCUUCAGCAGAGCCGUCCUCUGAACAGCAAACCACAGGGGGUCGGGAAGGUGAGCCUCCAGCAGGUGAGAGCACUCAGAGAAAAGAAGCCAGAAGCAGCUUUCUGCAAGCUGGGACCUGCAACUCAUCCACUGUCUCAGCUGGAAGAUGGGGAAAGAAUCAAGAAGACAGCCAACCUAGCUAGGAGGAGGCGGCGGCAGCAGCGGCGGCCAUGGACAAAUGGGAAGAUUGUGAGGUCUGCCACUAGGGUGUUUUCAGUGUUUUUCUUAUCAAGAGUUCUGAAUUGCUGUAUUGCUGUUUGGGUAUGUUUUUGCAGAAGUGCCAACAGGACUGACUGAAAUGAAAUUACUAGCUCCAACAGCAAGUACGUUUGUAAAAGUAGGUUCUAGGUGGAUGUAAUGACUACAUUGAAUUUCAUUUUCCUCCCUUUAGUAUUCUGGCAUUUUCAUAGUUAAUUAUUAUUAAUUUUGGAGGAGGGUCUCACCUCACAUUCUAAAAUGGAUGUUAAUGUCCAUUAACUUAUCAAAACUAAUGAUUGUUAAACAUCACGGGUUCUGAUUAGCUGGUAAAAAGUCACAAUUAGAGAAUAUUUUUAAAGAAAUUGUUUUAUUAGUUUUCAGGUAUAUACAGUGAACAAAAACUAAUGGAUAAUAUAUUGCCAAAUAGAUGCCCUCCCUCUGCAUUGGCUUUAAUGAACAGCUGAGAACAACUGACAAUACAUUGCAUGCAGGUGGUGCUGUUAAAAUGGCCAAGUGCUUUUGAAAUAAGGGUUUAAUUUCUUAAGUGAGACAAACAUCACUUCUAGUCUGUCAUCAGGGAGUGGGCUUAGUUUUUCAGACUGAAGUUUACUCUUGAAUGCACCUAACCUUAUUUUCAUCUUAGCUCUUAGAAGCCGUGCUUUCCACAAGGUAUUCCCACACUUCCUCAGAUAAGUGGGCAAGCAGGACUCAUAUGUAAACUUUCCACCAUUAAACCUCUAGGGUGAGCACUAGCAGUUGUACAGUGAGUGAAACCUUCAGGCCAGCUGGGGUUCUAGAGCUGUUUGCUCAGAUGCUGACUGCUCCCAGACCAACAAGUUUAUGUUGUAUUCUAGUUGUUCUCUUUAUUUCUUCCUUUACAGUCAGGUCUUCUGAUAUGCUGUGAGGGCAUAAUAAAAUUGCCAGGGGAAAACCAAAUAACCAGACUUGUCUGUCUUUGUAGUUACUGCAGAGUCAGGAGACUCUGGCCUAAGAAUAAUUGGAGCUUGACCAACUCUGUUUUCUACAACAUGGUCACAGUCUCACAUUACUAAUUACUGGAGUCUAAAUUACUGAGGUUUUAUUUCAUUGACCAGUACAUACAGCAUAGAACACUAAGGCUUAAUUAGGAGUAUACAAAUACAUAUAGUCUUUUGCUCUUCCCAGAAGAUCAUUUAUAAUUUUUGUGUGUUGGUUAAGGUUUUUUUUUGUAAAUACCUGGUACCCUUUAUCUUAAGUACAUUUAUUUAAGUAGUUUCCAAAUUUAAAUAUUCUCUUAACUAAGAAAAUUUGAUGUGUAUUUAGUUGUCUCUGAGAGGCAGCAUGGAAUAGUGGAUAGAGAGUUGGUCUUAGAGCCAGGCAGACCUGAGUUCAAGUCCUGCUUCUUAACACAUACUGAUGUGUGACCUCUGGCAAGUCACUUAACUUCUCAGUGCUCUAGGUAUCUCUCUAAAACUAUUAUUUGUAGAGAAGGCUUGGAUCUUCGUUCAUAGAGGGGAGUUUACUUUCAGAAUUCGCUGUACCAAAGAAAAAAAUCACAGGCGUAGCACCUGUCUCUGCCCCUUAGUUUUCUUCUUUUUAAAGCAUAUUCAUAUGAUGCUUUGGGUUUGCAAAUACUUCAUUAUUUCCCCACAUAGAUAUUGUUAAUAUUUUACUUUAUUCAUGUUUUCCUUUAAAUAAUUGCUCAAAGAAAAUUUUCAUUCCUAAGUUUGAUUCUGUUGUGUCUUGGUUACAAACAUAGGAACACAUUCUUUAUUUUUGUAUGAUGCCUAGUUUAGGUGUGGGAAGCCUUAAGGCCACAUGUAGCCUUCUAGGUCCCUGCUUGGCUUUGGCCUUUGGAUUGAGUCAGAGUUUUAUAGAACAAAUCCUUUUAUUAAAAGGAUUUGGUCUGUGAAGUUUGGAUUCAGUCAAAGGGCCGCACUUAAGGACCUAGAGGGUUAUAUGUGGCCUCAAGGCUGCAGGUUCCCCAACCCUGGCCUACUUAAUGACAUUUACUACAUAAAUAUUGAUUUAAAUAUGUUCACACCUUUUCAGGAAGACAUAAUGAAAAAAUGUCAAGAUGUACUUUGGUAUAAACUUGUGGAUAUGGAAAAGAGUUGACAGGAGCAGUUCAUCAGUAUUGGUUCCCUUAAGCCCCCAACCAGUCUGUGUUGUUUCAUAAGCCAAGACCCUUGGUCCUAGGAUUUUAGCUAUUGUAUCAUAUUUCUAAGCCAUUUUUUAAAAUGUGCAUCCUUUUUUUAGAGACUCUUUUCACUGGGGAUAUAUAUGAGACAAAUUGUUGUUGCUGAAUGUAUGCACCCUGUACAAGAUUGAUUUUUUAAAAACAAGUUGAAUAUCUCAUUUCACCAUAUAGUUGGUUGGCAGGGAGAAUUGAGGCUUGUGUAUUCUUAGCCACUAUUUUCCAUUAUGGCUUCCUUUGUGGUUAAGGCACAUCAUGACAAUUAUGCUUUCAGAAAAAUCAUUGUGGGAGUAGGUUGAAGCUUUCUGAAAAAGUUUUAAGGAAGUACAGUUAAUUCUCAUCAAUCAAGGUAAUUAUGUUCUCUAAAGCCCCCACAAAUACUAAGUUAGCCAUUGCUUGUAGGGAAAAUACAAGGGUAAGUUCCUGUGAGCUUCUGGUCACAUUCACAUUAGCACUUUCUGGAGUGACCUCAUACAGAUGGGUGAAUUUCUUCUUCUUUUGGAGGUAUCGUGUUGUUGAUUCAUUGACAUUAAACUCAGGGCCAGCAGUACUGUCUCACUGGUGCCUGAACAAAGCUCACUUAACGCAUGUAUUCUCUCCAAAAGGUGCCUCACAGCCUUCUUGCAUUUAAGGACACAAGGCAGCUCUUCAGCACGACGUUUCAGGGCCAUUUAAAACAGCAAAUAAAAAUAAAAAGCACAAAAAGGUGGAACAUGGGCACUGAAUAGAUCGAGAAAAGAGCCUUGAUUACAGUAGUGUGAGAGCUGAAAUAAGAAGGCCAAGAGUCAUCUUGUUUAACUUCAGCGGAACGUGUGCAGCAGGCAACUCAGAUGUUUUGCUACUCUGGGCGUGACUGAAAACACCAUGAGUAUUGAUUUUAGGGUUAAAAGUUAAUUUUAGUGAGUAGGUAAAUUUGCGAAUAUGGAAUUUGAAAAGAAUGAAGAUCAGCUGUAAUGUUUAUAAUAUCUUUUAAGAACCAAAAUGUGUGCAUAAUAAAUUUUUAUUUUUAUAUAAAGACUGAAGUGAAAAGUUUUGGUUUGUCACUUUUUUCUAAAUUAUACUCUAUAUGUGAAGUUUCAUAAACUAGGAAGUAUAGCAGAAAACAAGAUCUGAGCUAGCAAGGCAUGAAAUGCUAUAGUCAAAGCAGAUACUUACAUAGCUAUGUGACUCUAGGCAAGUCACAUAAUCUCUCUGUACCUCAGUAAAAAGAGGGAGCUGCAUUCCAUAGUUCCUGCUGGAUUAUGUUGGUAAUAUAAAGAAAUGUGGAUGAUUUAUGUCGGUUUAUUUUAUAUCCUGCAACUUUGUCGAAGUCAGUUGUUUUGAUUCGGUUUUUAGUUGACUCUAGAAACUCUAAAUAAACCAUAUCAUCUUCAAAAAGU